UUCUUGCUAGCAGGUUUGAGUUCAGCACGCUCAGUUUGGACAACUUUAGUUUCACAGACAUGGAGGAAGGUGUUAUUCAUCAGAAAGUUUAAUUUGAGUUUAUUGUUUUAAUUGGAAAAGAAGAUAUUGAAAAUGAACGACUUGUCCUUUGACGAUACGUCCCUGGACAAUUUGGAUCCUACUCUAACUUUAAAUGAUCCCAAUGAUAUUGACACAGCCCUGUUGAACGAUAUAGAUGAUAUGCUACAGCUGAUCAACAACCAGGAUGUGGAGUUCCCUGGCUUGUUUGAUCACCAUCACUUCGGAGAGAACAUGCCCACCCAGGAGACAACCCCUCCACCCGUCCUGCAUUCUCAGGGCUUCCUCGGCGCAAUUAACGCACCUCUGUUGAAUGCGUACCUGGACGGUACCAACAAGCAGACAGCAGCCCCCGCUACUGCAGCCCCCGCUACUGCUGCUGCAGCCAAGCUGUACCAGGGCCCCCUCUCUCAGCCCGAGACAACCUUCCAGCAUCCCCAGGCACCUCUAAUGGUGCCUGAUCCCCCUGCCCAGCCCCUUGUCCAGCCAGCUGUCAAACAAGAGGUCAAACAACAACAACAACAGCAGCAGCAGCUGCAGGGAGCGUCGUUGCAGACACAGCAACCCCUGCAACAGCAGCCGCAGCUUCAGCUGGCCCCACCAUCCACCAUCAUGAUGACCCCAAACUUCACGGCUUCCCCACAGUCCCAGGCACUGUUCACUACCCAGCAGCAACCUCAGCCCCUCAUCAGCUACCAGAACCAGGGAGGCUUUAGCGCGGAGCAGGGAGUCUCCUCCCAGCAACUUGCCUGCAUCUCCACCUCCCCCCGUCAGAUCCAGCCAAUGACCAUCCAGACUCAGAUCCAGAACAUCUCCCAUCAGCAGCUAUUGGCCGCAGCGGCCACCACUUCCACCCAGCGCGUCCACACCCAGGUCCAGCAAGUCCCAGUGCUGCUCCAGCCCCAGUUCAUCCAGACGGACUCACUGCUCCUCACCACUCUCAAGCCAGAUGGCAGCUCUAUGGUGACAACGGUCAAGUCCCCGUGCAUCACUACGCUGGCCACCUCGACCGCCCCAGUGCAAACCACGUCUAUACAGGCUCUGAUGAAUGGAGGCACCAUUCUGACCACAGUACCGCUGAUGAUGGACGCUGACAAACUGCCCAUCAACCGGAUCACAGUGAACGGCAAGCCCUCCGGCAUGCCAAUCAAAGGGGAGAAACGCACUGCGCACAACGCCAUUGAAAAGCGCUACCGCUCCUCCAUCAACGACAAGAUCAUCGAGCUCAAAGACCUGGUCGCGGGAACAGAAGCAAAGCUCAACAAAUCGUCCGUUUUGAGGAAAGCCAUCGAUUAUAUCCGGUUCCUGCAUCAGUCUAAUCAGAAGCUCAAACAGGAAAACAUGGCGCUGAAAAUGGCAAUGCAGAAGAACAAGUCCCUGAAGGACCUGGUGGCCUCAGCGGGGGUCAGCAUGGAGGUUGAGGUGGAGGAGCUCAAGCCGGAGGCCAUGGAGUUGCCAACCCCCCCGCCCUCGGACGCUGGCUCUCCCGCCCAUGGCAGUCCCUUCUCCCAUUGCAGCAGUGACUCGGAGCCCGACAGUCCCCUGUUCGAGGACUCCAAGGCUAGUGUGAAGCAGGAGCUGGCCUCCCCCACCACUGUGGGCAUGCUUGAUCGGUCCCGCAUGGCUCUGUGCGUGUUCACCUUCCUCUUCCUGUCCCUCAACCCACUGGCCUCUCUGAUGGGCGACUCUGGUGGCUAUGGCUCUAUGGACAGCUCUGAUUACCAUGGCACCGGCAGGAGCAUGCUGGGGCACUCCCUAGGGAAGUCCUCUGGCUGGCUGGAUUGGAUGCUGCCCACACUCUUCCUGUGGCUCAUCAAUGGCGUUCUGGUCCUUACUGUCUUUGUCAAGCUCUUCAUCUACGGGGAGCCUGUGACACGUCUGCACUCAGGCUCCUCUGUUCUCUUUUGGAGGCAUCGCAAACAGGCUGACCUGGACCUUGCCAGGGGUGACUUUGCACAGGCCUCUCAGAACCUGUGGACUUGCCUGAAGGCCCUGGGCCGGCCCCAGCCCACCUCGCACCCGGACAUGGCCUGCAGUCUGAUGUGGUCGCUGGUGCGCCUGGUACUGCAGCGGCUGUGGGUGGGUCGCUGGCUGGCAGGGAGGGCCGGGGGGCUGUGGCGGGACCGUGAGCUACAGGACGAUGUGAGGAAGUGCAGCCGAGACGCCGCCCUCGUCUAUCACAGACUACACCAGCUCCACAUGACAGGCAAGCUGGGUGGCAGUCACCUUGCAGCCAUCAACAUGGCGUUGAGCUCAGUGAACCUGGCAGAGUGUGCGGGGAGCACCAUCUCCGUGGCAACGCUGUCAGAAAUCUACGUCUCUGCGGCACUGCGCAUCAAAACCAGCCUGCCCAGGGGGCUGCACUAUAUGUCUAGGUUCUUCCUGAGCAGCGCAAGGCAGGUGUGCCUGUCUCCAAGCGGCACGGUGCCUCCUGCCAUGCAGUGGCUGUGCCACCCCCUGGGGCAUCGCUUUUUUGUAGACGGGGACUGGACGGUCCGCAGCACCCCACGUGAUAGUAUCUACAGCAUCGCUGGGAAUUCUGUUGACCCCCUGGCCCAGGUGACACAGGCGUUCCGGGAGCACCUACUGGAAAAAGCUCUAUACUGCAUUGCCAAGCCAGAGAAUGAGAAGGCUCUCACUGAGGGAGAGGGGGAGUUCGCCGAUGCCCUGGAGUAUCUUCAGCUGCUCAACAGCUGCUCAGAUGCAGCAGGGAUUGCAACUCAGGCUUUCGCUAUCGGAUCAAACAUGGCAGCAGUCACUGGUACAGACCCCGUUGCGAAGUGGUGGGCGUCCGUGGUGGUGGUGGCAGUGAACUGGCUGCAGGGGGAUGACGAUGCAGCUGAGCGACUCUACCCUAUGGUGGAGUACAUGCCAAAGGUCCUGAACACCACAGAGAACUCUCUGCCCCGGGCGGCGCUGUUUGCCUUCAGAACAGUGCGCACCCUGCUGGCCAAGCACGAGAACAGCCAGCUGAGCCUGAAUCACUGCGAGAAGGCGAGCAACUACCUGCGGGACAGCAUCAACACGGUGCAAUGCAGCAGCAGCAUUGACAAGGCAGUGCAGCUGUUGCUGUGUGACCUCCUGCUGGUAGCCCGGACGAACAUGUGGCAGCAGCAGAGCCCCGCGCUGAGCAGCACUCUGCAGGCGUCCCCACUGGAGCUGUGCGGCUUUCAGCAGGACCUGAGUAGCCUGAGGAAGCUGGCACAGAGCUUCCGGCCCGCAUUGCGCAGGUUGUUCCUGCACGAAGCUACAGCCCGGCUGAUGGCAGGCGCCAGUCCCACACGCACUCACCAGCUGCUGGACCGAAGCUUGCGGAGGAGGGCCACCCCCAGCUGCAAAGCAGGUGAGCUGGAGACGCAGCCAGGCCGGCGUGAGCAGGCGGAGGCGGUGCUGCUGGCCUGCCGAUACCUGCCGCCCUCCUUCCUGUCGGCUCCAGGGCAGCGCGCGGGCAUGCUGGCAGACGCGGCACGCACACUGGAGAGGCUGGGUGACAAGCGCACGCUGCACGACUGCCAGCAGAUGAUCAUCAAGCUGGGCAGCGGCACCACCGUCACCUCCACUUAGAGGACAUCCCCCAAAUAAAACCUUAAACUCCAACCCUGGAUGAUAAUCCAAUGAUGGCCAUUUUCACUGGCUUCCUCGCCCCUUCCAGUUAAAUUUUUUUUUAUUGGAGAGAGAUUGACGUAGGACUUGUUUGGAGUGUUUUAAUUUUUUUUAGAUGCUAAGUAAGCUCUCACGCUGUUUUAUUUCCAGUUAUCUAGGGUUAUUUUCUCACUAGAGUUUUCCCAAUGAGAUACAUUAUAGCAUCUAAAGAGUGUGCAGAAAGUUAAUAUUUGACUUGCCCUUUGAGAUCGUUGCUGCAAUUACAGUAUUUGGCCACCAUGUGGCACUGCAUGCUACAGUUAAGGAACAAUAAACAGUUAGUUAAAGAAAAUGAAGUGUUAAAUAGAUGUUAUUAUUUUCAAAUAAUAAGGGGGAGGGUUAACCUGGAAUCUGAUAUCUAGACCAUUCUACAGCGUUUCCAUGUUUUUUAUGCAAGUCGACUGAAAUGGGGAAAUUUGUUCAACACUAGGCUUAAGAUCUUGGACCUUAUCAGUUUUGAAGUGGCUUAUCACAUGGUUGGCCACUUAGCUUAAUCAGGCAAGUAAAAGCUGUAUUGUUCCUUGUAAAUGUUGUACUGACCAUUCAGAGUUCUAAUUAAAAAAAAAAAAAAAAAAAAAAAAAAAAAAAAACUAAAAGAUAAAACAGCAAGACAAAAAAAUGAACAUACAUUUUCUUGUCAAACAUUAUUUUCAUAUGGUUUGACGGUGUUUUUGUUUUGUAUAUAAAAUAUUUAUAAUUUUCUAAGAAUGUUUGAAUGCAGCAGAAUUUUAUUUUGUAGACUGAUUCUCUCUCUUCCUACUUCGCUAUUCAUUAGAGCUUGCCUUUAGUUAAUUAUUGCAUGUCGUACUUUUGUAGUGCUGUAAACACAGGAACUGCAAAACAAAUAUUAUUUAGAAUUGAACCUCAGUACUGCAAAAGCCUCUAAAAUGAGAUGCCUUGAAUGAAAAGGUAUACUUGAUGUAGCCCCUGUAUUAGGCUGUCCCUAGAGCUACGCCUUGGUAUUGUCAAAGAAUGGUGACCCAUUCUACUAGAUUGCACCUAUUAACAGCGUUACCUAUCAUUGAGGUUCUGGUGGAAGACCAUUAUGAUUGGCUAAUCAGACCACAGUGGAUCCAUAAUUCCACUGUACAGUGUCCUUGUAAACCAACACAGUACUGCUAGAACACUGUUGGCGUCUCAAAAAACAUUCUAGAAAAAUCUGCUGACAGAUCAAAAAACGGUCUUGAUGUUACACAUAAAUCAAGAGUUUUGUGACUAGAUUCUGGUUAAGAAGUCUUGUCAGGCUGGUAAACCUUUAGUUAUAUUUUGAUAUACCUGCUAGGAAAAAGGUUACAACAUGCAGGUUAAGUAAGUUGGAGUAAUUCUGUAUUUGUAUUCAGCUUCCAAUGUCUUGUCCAAUAUGCCUCGCGUCUCCCAGCAUUGACCGCUUCAUGGGCUUACAGUCACAAAGUGACCAUUGGGGGGGUGCUGUGUGGUUAAUAACAAUAUUGUGGCUGGUGCAUUUAGCCACCUCAAAGCUUGGCACGUGUGAGAGCAGCGCUUUACUGUUUAGUGCAUGGAAGAUGCAAGUGUCUGAUAUUGUGAGCCAGAGCUGUAGCCCCUUGGAAUUGCAACAAGUCACUGUUGAAUGUUUAUGUUCAAAACCCCUGUGCAUUCACAACAGAGUUACCAUAGUUUGCAAAAGAUAAGCCGGAAGGUGGGGUUGUUGGAAAUAUUGAAUACUGUGAAAUUAAUUGAUAUUAUCCAUUUUGAGUGUUUUCUGUAAGCAACCAAGGUAUUUUGCGCUUUUUCUUAACAUUUUUUA